AUGGACGCAAAACUCACCAUCGCCGACAAGUUGGGCCGCGGGCUCACGAACGGCAUCUUCUUCGUAACUCGCAAAUGGAAAGAACAACAACCGUCCCUCCACACCCGAAGCUGGGGCGGUUUCGACGAACGUCCCCGUACAGAGAAAUGCUACCGCCAAGAACGCACCGCCAUGAUUCUCUCCCUCCUCUUCGGAACUCUGGGUGUCGACCAGUUCUACGUACAUCACUGGCCUCUCGCUGUGUUCAAACUCCUCACCGUCGGGGGUUUGGGAGUCUGGCCGUUUGUUGGCAUGAUCCUUUGGAUUGUUGGCGGUGUGUAUGGGACGCCUGGAUGUCCUGGGGGGAGUUCCAAGGGAUGGCAGUAUUAG